AUGACUCUUCGGGGAUACAUAGCUGUUCUCAGACGUGAUAGAAGUGCAGCAUCUUUCUGUGAUUGGCGUGUUGAUACAUGCGUGUUUGGAAGUGACCCGGCGUGUGAUGUCAUAAUCAAAUUGAAUUCUGUCAAGCCGUUCCACUGCAAGCUUCAAUCCAUACCAGAUGGCCGUGCAUUCAUUGAAAAUUUUGCUUUUUAUCGUCCCGAAACUAUUCUUAAUGGUAUACCGCUCUCUGGGAGGACGUUUAUGCCUCACGACAGCUUGAUUGGCAUCGGUGGUCGAGAGUUUCGAUUCUUUUACCCAAAAGAUUCUCCCUGGAUUCUCAAAUCUAUGUGUUCAGAUCAACAAGACGUUUCCCGAUCCCCGUUGAUUUCAGUAGAUCCGCUACCAGUCAUUGACGCGUCUUCAUUUCCUGUUGUUAAAGCUGUAACCGCAAGACAAUCCCCAUUGCCAAUCACGCGGUCGCAAAAAACCCCUACAUUGUCGUCUCAGCGUAGAGGGCUAUCAACUAAAGAGCGAUAUGGACCUACCCCACCUCGUCCUGUAACCCCGUCUCCACUUGUUCGGGUAAAACGACAUUCUUCGGCAAACCGUGGGGUUUCGUCGAGAGUGCCCAACGUGUCUUACUCCCCACUCCAACCAAGACAAGCCAGGAAAUUUGCAAAUGUAAAUGUUUUUUCAGAAACCCCGGCCGCUUCAGGUACUCAGUAUAUCAGACGUCUUCCCAGCACCCGAUUUGCAUCAAAUUCAACACAGUCAAAUAAUUCGUCAUCGUCUACAUUCUUCUCUUUGGACGACGAGAAUCUGGUUUGUUCUGAACAGCCUAGUUGUCAAGCGGACUCGAUAGACAAUUCGGAUUUUAAGUCACGAGAAGCUACAUUGAGUUUCGACGCAACUCCCAAGCCGAUAUCCUCGGUUUCACGUGAUGCGAAGGUCGCGUUUACUGAGCCUAAAAGAACCCAUGCAAACAAUGAUUCGUUUUGUAUACGUCGAAAAUCCCUAUCACCACCAGCGUCCCCAAACUUCCCCCAUUCUUACAGAAGUGCUUCCGAAUAUAAUGCUGAUCAGUCGUCGCCAUCUAACAAUGAUGCUACUUCCCUUGCCACUGGCCGAUCUCCAACUCCGUCCUUACGUCAGCACAUGAAAGUUCCAGAGCAUGGAAUUUUGAAAUCAAGUACAGAGAGUCGCAGUACCUCACAGCACGCAGUACCACAGAAAAGGGCUAGGAGUGCUUUAGCCGAACAGCGGGUUACCGGAAAAUCUGUGAAAUUUGGCCCGAAGCUUAGUCCGGAGCAGUUCGACCAUCGGUUGCCGCCGUCAACACCAGUGAAACGCGGAGCCCUUCCACCCAUCAGUAGUAUCCAGAAGAUUCGUGCAUCAAUUGCGAGUCAAAGAAGGUCGAUGUCGCGGCGAUCAUCGCUAGCGGCAAAGGCGUAUGGCGGCAGCUUCCUUAGCAUUGAAUCACCUACUUUUCCUCCUGUUUGUCAUAAUCGGUCGUCACUCGCUCAGAUAGAAACUGUACAAGAGGAAGUCAGAUCGUCUCGAUCUGGUGGGAACACUGAUUUGCCUACACCAACGCGGUUGUCUAGUAAGCGUCAUUUAUCAAGUUUUCUGGAACCUUCAAGCUCUACUAAUGUUGAUAACUUACAGAGCGUCUCGACUACUACUGCAACAGUGGGUAGUUCUUCAGCUUCGAAACGUUCUCGUAUUUCAAGUCCUCAGUCGACGCCUGCUGGAACACGGGGUUCACUAGCCACCGAUUUUGCAGAUGCUGAGAACCUCCCGUGUACACCCACGCUUCCAAGUUAUAGGCUCAGUCAAGCUUCCGGCGUUGAUGAACAUUCGAUUGCGCAAACUACGGAGGUUUCGAUUACGUCUCCCAAUUCAGUGGGUAGUAGUUCGCACGUUACUCAAGAAUCUGGGCAGUCAUCGAACUCGUUUAGUCAAGCAAUUUCAAGAUCUGAGGAGCGGACAUCAACAAGGCAGUCCAAUUCUCCUACUUUGAAAGGUGCUGCGACUCCCAUUUCGUCCGAAUCAUCACAGUCGAAGGUUUUGGGUCGCAAUAAAGCAACCGAACGGAAUUCCACUGGCUCCAUCGGUGUUAGAAAGGUCGCACUCUCUAAUGGCCGCAGGUCCCUUUAUCGCAUUGCAUUGCAAUUGCUUAGAUCCAAGAACGCUAAAACAAAUUGCAUUUCUGCCAGCUCCGAGCAGGACGAAACGCCAUCCUGUUUGGCCUCAGGUCGGGUCAUUGUGCGUCCAUCCCGCAGUGGCCGGCGACCCGCAUCACUCGUAUUAAGUGGAACUAAUGCGGAAGUCGUGCGAACCCCCGCAAGAAAGUCACUAUGCAUUGCUGAUUGCCAACGCUCCAUUCGAUCGGACUCGAGUAAGCCGAAGUCAAAGAAUCUCGGCAAAGCUUCUACAUCAAAGUCUCUCACACUGCCACUUCAACAAAAUGCAGGUGGAGCUAAAAUGCUAAGGACCCCGCCUGUUGUUCUUUCACCACGAAUUACGGGUCUGAAAACCCCAUCAAAAGCGUCAAGCUGUCGAUCUUUGCUUAGACUCUCAGAGAAGAUGUCUGCAAGUAGAAGUCCGAAGCUUCAAGUGUCGCCGGAUCUUUUGGGAGUGGGUUUCUUGUUCGAGACGCCUAGAUCUCUUCCUUCUCCAAGAUUGUCCAGCCAAGGGGAUCUAGUGAAAACGCCUUCAUUAGUAAACACCCUAGUUCCCACCAUUUGUAAAAGCGUGCAAAUUUCGGCAGCCAGCAACUCGUUAGAAGAACACAAGCAGGUUGGGUCUCCCAGACUUUCCGGAAUUAUUGGUUUACUGUCGUCACCGGCUGCGCUUCCUCUGAAGAGGAGUUCUGCAUCACAUAAAGGAAGUGAGGAUGCGACUGUUCUACCAGAAGCAGCCUCUCCUACGGUGGCGAAAACCCCAGCUAAUACCACAAACGCGUCCGCGGUAUCCAAGAGGAAGCGGGUAUUGUCGUCAGUAGUGAAGAAGGAUGAUUUAGUUAGAAACCGCGGAGUCAAGAACGGAGUAGCCGGAAGUACAUUGGUAAACGAGGCAGAAGUCAAGCCGUUGAUCACCCGAAGGCGUGCUAGGAAACUCGCUGAGACUGAGACGGCUCCUAUCGUUUCGUCAAUCGUGACCAGGGGCCGACGCAGACGUGAGUUGUUUCCCACCACCGAGGCAGGUCAACACGAAUCCACGAAACCUGCGCGAUCUGCAAGACCUGGGGCAACUCGCAGCGCUCGAUCAAAGGCCGCUGACGCCCGGAUUCAAGAGUCAUCUGCUACAACAUCGUCGAAGCACAAUCGCGUCGCUAAUUCAGCCAGAGGUAGAGCGGCCACGGCUACAUCAAAGACUUCCGCAAAGAAGUCCCACGUUGUGACCACCAGACAAACGCGACGGGCAGUUUCUCGUGCCGGUGGGACGUCGGCACUUGUCAUCUCUCCAAAGAAAGAAUUGAAUAAUGAGUCCCCUUCUCAAGGUACUAAAGUCAACAGAGGCAAACGGAAAGUGCCUACGGUGGCCAACGGCGAGAAGGAAGACAUUGUGGUUUCUAGUCGAUCUAAAAAGCGCGUAACAGCUGGUGUUAAGGCGUUGAGGCGAAGUCACUCUCCCGAGGAACUUUCGUCUUCUGUGGAAAAUAAUCACGGGAAGAAGAGAUCAAGAGUUGUAUCAACGAAAGCUUUGGUGGAGCCAUCUACGAGGCGGACUCGUUCUACCGUUGCCAAGUCGUCCACAAAGGUAGACGACGUGGUACUCGCUGAUUCGGUCGUCCCUACGAGUUCUGCCGUGAAAAGAAAUCGUGGAGCACGGUCGAAAGUGGCAAUAAAGGCGUCGCCGGUCAAAAACACAUCCUCCAAGGUGACGGUGGCGUCAAAAAGACCCAGACAAGUGCGAGGCGCGACUACCAGGCCAGUGGUGAAGAAGAACUCGCCUGAAAGUACCCGUAGAAAGGCGGCAGUGGCGGUGGCGGAUAAAUCGACCCAAAGAACUCGCUCUAGAAAGUAG